GGCUGCAGGCAGGUUGUGAGGGCGCUUUCUGCAGCAGUAGCAUGCAUGCAUGUCCAUAGACGUCAUUUGAUUUUAAUAGCCUGCAGGAAAUUUGGCGUUACAACUCAAGAUAUUAAGGCAAGACAGAGUGGGAGAGAAAGAGAGUGAGCACACGGGGGGAAAUCGGCGCAUGAAAGAUAUUGGUUCAAGGCUAUCUCUUCGUUUUCAACAUAUUUUUCUGCUAAGACUUUAUCAACAAGUUACUGCGCCUUUAUUAUAUGUUGUGUGAGUGAAGGACCAUGGCAGCCCGCCUGGCUUUAAACUUUAAAUUUAGGUUGAAGACGGAGAUGGGAACGCAUGCCUGCUAGAACUGCCCGGGGAACUAUUACAUCAGACGAAAUGACAAUGAUUAAAAUCUGUCUUUUGCUGCCGAGAAUCUAUUGAGCGGCUGACAGCUGUUUGUUAGGUUUUCUGUGCCCCCCCACCCCCACCCCCCCUGUAAAUCACAACUUCGCGUCGUCACGGGGAACGGCGUUUUACCGGGAAAAGAUAAGAUAAGUUAUUUUAUCUGUGCAGUCAUAAUUUCGGGCACAGGGGGUAUCACGUUCUUUUCCUUUAGAAAAUUGCCAGGGCGAGAGAGUGGAGUUGAGCUAAUUGUAGCCUAAUCCCUGGCCCAGAGGCGCUUGGGCAGCCCGAAGCAAGAUUUUUCUUUUUUAGCUCUGCUCUGUUAUUUAGAGACGGAUUAUUGGCUUUCUUCGUCUCAUAACAAACCACGGGGGCACUUUCAUGUAGACAAAAAAAGCAGACAAGAAGCUUGAAUACGAAGCAGGAUUCCAAAAAGAGCGCACAUUUUACGCGUAUCCAAAUAAGAGCAGAGAAGGGAAGGAGAUCACCUCAUCUAUGUUCAAGGAGGGAAGAAGCAUGUCACGGCUCUCUCUGACCCGGUCCCCGGUCUCUCCUCUGGCCGCUCAGGGGAUUCCUCUGCCGGCUCAGCUGACCAAGGCAAACGCCCCGGUGCACAUCGAUGUCGGAGGACACAUGUACACCAGCAGUCUGGCGACCCUUACCAAGUACCCAGACUCAAGAAUCAGUCGUCUGUUCAAUGGCACCGAGCCCAUCGUGUUGGACAGCUUGAAGCAGCACUACUUCAUAGAUCGGGAUGGUGAGAUAUUUCGCUACAUUCUCAGUUUCCUGAGGACCAGCAAAUUGCUCCUUCCAGAAGACUUCAAGGAUUUCCACCUGCUGUACGAGGAGGCACGCUACUACCAGCUGACACCAAUGAUCAAGGAGCUGGAGCGCUGGAAGCAGGAUCGUGAACAGCGACGGAUGGCGCAGCCCUGUGACUGCCUAGUGGUUCGAGUCACACCUGACCUGGGCGAGAGGAUUGCCCUCAGCGGGGAGAAGGUCCUCAUCGAGGAGAUCUUCCCAGAGACUGGAGACGUUAUGUGUAACUCAGUAAACGCCGGCUGGAACCAGGACCCAACGCACGUCAUCCGUUUCCCCCUCAAUGGGUACUGCAGGCUCAACUCCGUCCAGGUCCUGGAGCGUCUUUUCCAGAAAGGUUUCAGUGUGGCUGCAUCAUGCGGAGGCGGUGUGGACUCAUCCCAGUUCAGCGAGUACGUGUUGUGUCGUGAGGACCGACGGAGUCUCUCCAUCAACACUCCCAUCAGAAUAAAACAGGAACCCCUGGACUAGAGCAUUCUGGAAGAGGGACUGUCAACCACUUUCCCCUCCAUGCUCCUUCCAUCCUCUCGCACCACUCCACCAUUCCUACCCCUGCCCCCUCCCUGCCCUAACAGGACCACAACCACCCCCAACAUACCUAAGUAUUACAUAGCAGAGGCUUGAUAAGCUUGCCAGCCCUGCAAAACUCUGAGGAGAAUGUAUUACCAAACAAAGGUGAAAAUAUAUACAUCAGAAACAAAAGUUUCUGAUUAUGUUCAGUAACACCCAAAGAAUCUGGGACUGUGAUGAAAACAACAACAAAUGGACACAACAGCAGUUGCUUGAACCAUUUUAGCACCAUGACUGGUUGAUUUUUCCCUCAUCUUCUUAGUAAAAAAAGAUGUCUCAACCCUUUUGGACGGACACAGCUGCCCCAUCUUUGAACACCAAUUCCCUCAACACACACACACACACACACACACGCUGUGUGUGUAGAUAGUUGUAACACACACACACACUACUCCUCUACCCCUCUGUCAGCAGUGUGUAAUCCAGCUCUGUGUCCAUGAGGUCUUGCCUGUCUGGUGACAGGUCUCGCCUGCUGUGGGACAAGGAAGCUUUGGCAGACAUCACACUUUAAAGGAUAACAGGAAGAGGACAGAAAGAAGACAUAAUCCAAAUGCGUUCCACUCAAAAGGCAUUCACUGGGGGGGCGACAGUGGUGCGGUGGGCAGAGCAGUCAUCUCCCAACCGGAAGGUUGAGGGUUCAAAUCUUGGUGCCUGCA